CUUCCCCCGAGGACAUGCCCUCACUUUAUCAUAGCUCGGCGCGGCCACUAGACCAACACAAAGCUAUAAACAAAAUAGACUACAAAAGAAUAAGCUAAACAGAAACCUACAGGUACACAAGGUGUUAAUAAGGGUUCUGACUAAGCAGAGGCAAACUACGUAUCAGCUAUAAACUAAAGUUAUAGACAGGGGCAGAUAUAAGCCGACAAUGGAUAAUGCAAAAGCGGAUAAAAUAUCCGACCCCACCCAUAUUUAAUACGGAUAGAAAAUGGGUUAACCGGUGGAUAAUAUGGAUACCAUAUUAUUCAUGGCUUCUUGAUGUGAUCACUUUUGGGAGAAUUUCUAGUCUCCCAUAUUUGAGGAACCCCUAAUUUGAGUCCCUGCAAAUGUAAAAGUUAAAUCCAUUGGUCAUCCAUUAAGUAUUCAUUUUUUAAGUGGAUAAUAUGAAUCUUAUCCAUAUCUUACCCAUUUUUAAAAAGUCUAUUAUGCAACCCAUUUUUAGUGGAUAAUACGGAUGAUAAUUGUUUUUUUAAAUCCAUUUUGCCACCUCUAACAAUUAUGGUAUGGUUGUGUCUAUCUGAUAUCUUCCUUUUCAGGGUGGAAAGAUACGAUCCAAACUUGUGGAAGAGCUCCGUGGUGUAGAUGGAGUACUCAUUGAGGAGGGGACUGCAGGAGAAGGAGGAAAAGCAGCAGCACAGAGUGGCAUGCGCAAGAGUGUAUUUUGCUUAAGUCCAGCUGGUGACACCCCAUCAUCAGCCAGGUUGUUUGAUGCAAUUGUCAGUGGUUGCAUUCCUGUCAUAGUCAGUGAUGAACUAGAGCUUCCUUUUGAGGGGAUUCUUGAUUAUCGAAAGAUUGCUCUGUUUGUCUCUUCUAGUAAUGCUUUGCAGCCAGGAUGGCUUUUAUCAUUUCUCAAAGGUGUUAGUGCAGCUCAAAUUAAACGGAUGCAAAUGAACUUAGCUAAGUAUGCAAGGCAUUUUCUUUAUUCUCAUCCAGCUCAACCCUUAGGUCCUGAGGACUUGGUUUGGAGAAUG